GUCAAGAGAACAGGACUGGUUGAGUGGGAAUUGGCAACGCUAAGCGAAGCUGUUCUCCACGGCGUCGUGGCAGGAUGGGCCAUCUGGCCUUCGGCUGGUUUUCUGCCGCAUCAAUCGCGCCAAUGGCUUAGAUUUACUCUCCUGCUUCGGUAUCCACCCUCUUUUACUAGCUGA